AUGAUUGAAACACAAUCUGCUCUAUCCCACUGCCCAGAGCCACUGAGUGCAGAUGCAAGUUUUGACGACGCAUCUCAAAGUGCUGCAGACCUACUGGAGAGAAUUUCACAGAGCACCGACAUAGCCGCAACACCUGGCCUCUCGGACGAAACCACGACCACUGCUAAUAACCAGCGGCAAGAGGCAUCAACAAAUGCGGACGACAGGCCUGAUACUGAAGGAGCUGACGAAGUUGUGCGUAGAAGACGCAGGGCUCAAGCAGCGACGGUUAAUGCGGACUACGAAUUCAUCGAGAAGAGGUGGAGACACGAGAGGGCCCUGAAAGAGAAGGAGCACGCACUUGAGAUGGAGCGUCUGGCCGUCGAAAAGCUUCGAAUCGAGCGAAAGCAAGAACGCUCCGAGAAAAGGCACGAGCUGAAACGAGACAGAACUGAAAGAGAGCUGCAACUGAGAGAGGGGGAAAGUAAAAUUCGCGAACGCCAGCUGCAAGCACAACUCAACGAAGCGAGCCAAAGAGAGCAGCUGUCGAGAUUCCACAAGGCUACUCAAAACGCGAUACUCAGAAUUGUAGAAACGAUUUGUUAUAAAAUGGCAAAGUAAAAAGCGUGUAAAUAACAGUCGGCUGCAUUCACAAAAAGACAGACUAAAUAAAGUAACAGG